AGAACUAGCAAUGUAUUCUGAAAUUAUAGUUUUAAAGCUGCUAAUUCUGUUUGGAACCGUUGCUGUUUUUGGUAACUGCCAAGGUGAGAGAAAGAGAGAGGAGAACCAUGGGAUAAAAGACAAUUUGGAAGAUUAUGUGAAGGCGCUUGUGGAAAAAGAAGUAAAAACCCAGUUAAAAGACAUUCUAAAAGUGCAAGAGGAAAAAAUCCGUUCGAUGGAAAUCCAAAUUCAGAGAGAAAGACUGUACCGGCGUUAUUUAGAGAAGAACUUAAUAGCUUUGAAGAAGAAGAAGAAUGUCCAAGUCUCCAAAGACGUUUCUGAAGUUCAUAAAAUGGGAAGGCGUUACUCAGAUUAUGCCUUCACUAAUCACGUGAAUGAAAACUAUGAAGAACGAGAUGCUGAGACAACAACGCAACGAGAACAAGAGAGGUCUAGCAAAAGUAUAAGGCUAAUAGGAGGACAGGAGAAUAGUGCCCAAAGUACUGUUGCAUUUUACGCUUACAUGAGCAAAAACCUCAACAAUCCAAGUGCAGGUCACGUCCUUGUGUUUGAUAACGUUAAGACAAAUGUUGGCUCCGGCUACAACCACCAUGAUGGAAUAUUUACUGCACCUUCCCAAGGUUCCUAUGUAUUCUCAUGGACUAUUGCUUCGUGGUAUCAUUCCUACGUAUAUACAGAAUUAGUAGUAAAUUCAGCUGCUUUUGGAAAGAUAAUCACAAAUAGUCAAGAUAUAUCAGAUGAACAUGUUGGAAGUAGCGUCGUUGCUGUCGUCUUAAACCCCGGCGAUGUGGUAUACAUUCGUAUUAUUUCUGCAGGCGGUACACUGGCUAGUACAAGCAAUAUUUUUUCUUCUUUCAGUGGAUGGAAGUUAAACUAA